GGGGCAUUAAUCAAAUCCCCUCACUGGCAUAUGAACUCACAUUGAGGGUGUCUCCUUUACUCUCUCAAUGCGAAAUAAUAGACGGCAGCCUUGUGCUCAGCUCAACGCUGCUCUUUCCCGCACGCACUCCAAUCUCACUAAUCACGUUAUGUUGGCGGUUUAGGUAAGGGUGAGAAGGGGGCACCAGAGUUCAAAGUUGUUGCUGUAUUCAUUUGUUUCUGUGUUGGUAGAUUUGUGUUUUCUAUUUGCCUUUGAAACGAACGGGAGAGUUGUCAUUGGAUUAAGUUGUAUUUGUCGCUAUGGGAGCCGUGAUUUCGAGCCACCUGGAUGAGGGCAAACGGGAGAUCAUUACAGCCAGGACAGGCGAGGUGAUUGGAGAGUUUAGCCGUCUGUAUGAGCAACAGUAUGCAGUGGCCCUCUUCAACAAGGUCCGCUUUGACAUCGAGGGAGGAGGUGGACCCCAGCCACAGCUACUGCACCGCAAGGUUCCUCUGGAGAAUAGAUCCAUCUUCUCUGGAGCUCUGUUCCAGUUUCUGGAGGAGAACAAUAAAUGGAGAAACCACUUUCUCUUCGUUCCUGACUCCUACACUAUCAACUACUAUGACAACAAAGCGUCUCAUGAGAGAGGGCUUCACCCCAAGGGAAACAUCAACUGUGCUGGGUAUAAAGUGCUGACUUCAAUGGAUCAGUACCUGGAGCUGCUCAACAACAGCCUGCCUGGUGAGAACAUGUUAGGACUGAGAACCAGCGAUGGGGGUGUAAAGGCUAAAGUGGGUAACUCUCCCUUCCUGAAGUGUGCCACCCAGUUCCCUCUGAUCCUGUGGCACCCGUACGCCCGCCACUACUACUUCUGUGUGGUAACGGAGAAAGAACAGCAGAAGUGGCAUGCAGUCUUUCAGGACUGUGUAAGACAUGCCAAUGAUGGUUUAUCAGAGGAGAGCCAGGUGCAGACUCCGGCCUUCACAGACGCAGUGAGGCUCUACCGCCAAGCCCACGGGCAGUAUGGCACCUGGGAGAUGAUGUGUGGGAUCCCCUCACAGAUUCUGGCCAACCUGGUGAUGGAGACUCUUCUCCCUGAGCUCAGGGAUCUGAUCUCCCCUCGACUCAAAGGCAAAAUGCACGACAGGCAGAGGAACUGGAUGCUAGUCUGUGAUGCGGUGUAUGGUCUGGUGGUGAAGCAGGCCCAGGCCCAGUACGAGGCUGUGGUGCAGAGCUGUGAGGCGCGACGCCCCCCUCUAGAGGCCUCCAUACGCACAGACAUGGACCAGAUCAUCACCUCCAAGGAGCACGUCGCCAACAAAAUCAAAGCGGUGGUGCUGCCUAAGGCAGAGAAGCUGCUGACAGUCAGUAUCCAGCCCUACAUCAGCUCUAUCCUGGAGGCCCUGAUGGAGCCCACCAGCCGAGGCUUCUCUCAGGUCCGAGACGUCUUCUUCAGAGAGCUGGUGGACUUGAGCAAGAACACACUGAACGACGCCACCAAGGAGAAAGUGGGAGAGCACAUGGAGAAGAUAUCUAUGCUGGCGUUCCACCCAGUGAAGAUGCAGAGCUGCUAUGAGAAAGUAGAGGACCUGAGUCUGGACGGCCUGCAGCAGAGGUUUGAUGUCUCCAGCCCCUCUGUGUUUGUCCAAAGAGCACAGAUCCUCAUGAGAGAGCAAAUGGACGAUGCAGUGUACACGUUUGAGCAGAUCCUCCACCAAAGUCUGGAGGACCAGGGGCCAGAGGGGCUCUGUAAGAACAUCCAACGCUGCCAGGACCGGGUCAUCAAGAAAUUUGACUAUGACAGCAGCACAGUCCGGAAGAGGUUCUUCAGAGAGGCUCUUCUUCAGAUCUUCAUCCCUUACAUGCUGAAGCAACUCACUCCCUCCAUAUCCUCUGAGCUGCCUCGUUUUCAGGAGCUGAUCUUCGAGGACUUUUCUCGUUUCAUCCUGGUGGAGAACAUCUUUGAGGAGGUGGUGCUGCACUCUGUCAUGAAGGACAUCAUGAUGGCUGUCAAGGAGGCAGCAGUCCAGAGAAGACACAACCUUUACAGGGACAGCAUAGUACUGACCAGCAGUGAUCCCAACCUCCACCUGCUGGGGGAUAACCCUGCCAUCGACUGGGCUGGGGAGUAUGGGACAGGACAGGAAGAGGUGGACAGGGAGGAGACUGGGGACAGCACAGGAGGGGCGGCCCAGAGGAGGCGCAGGAUGAAGCAGGUAGUCUCUAUGAUCCAGCUGGAUGGAUCUCCCAUCCUGGUCAAUGAGUCCUGUCUGGACAUCCCCAUGGUGGACAGCAUCCCUGAGGAGGAGGGAGUGGACCAGGACAACGAUGCUUCAUCUCCAGAGAGUGUCCACCAGGAACCAGCCAAAGUUAAUGGAACCAGUCUGAAAGGAAAGAGAAAGGCCCCUCCUCCUCCAGUCCAACCAGAGAACAUUCCAUCCCCUGCCCUAACCAAUGGCUCUGUCCUAGAAGGUGAGCCGGCGACAAUCUUGAGUGAGGCCCCAGAGGUACAGACCAAAAUCUCAGAAGAUGUACCCCAGGAAGCUGAGUGUGCGAUGAAGUCCCCAGAGGCGAAGAGCUUUUUACAUGACCCUGAGAGCACAGUGUCAGCCAUUGAGAGUGCCAUACGGGAGAUUGAGAAUGCAGUGCAGGGAGAGGACAGCGAGCCAGCUGUGGAGGUGGCUGUACUGGAGGCAGUGGCAGAAGUUUCACCCUCAAGCCAGAAGGAUAGUGUACCCUUAAGCAAAGAGGAGGAAUCUUUAAAACCAAUUCAGCAGGAGGCACUGGCACCAACAGCUUUUAGCCAAGAGGAAAGCACUCCUUCCAGUUUAGAGGAGGUAUCUUCCUCACUCUCUACUCAGACUGGGGUAGCAGCAACACCCGUAACAAAAGAGGAGAUCCCCACACCAACAACCCUGGACAGCAAGCAGGUCCCUGCAGCCAUACCAACAGAAAUGCCUAAAGCCAUACCAACAGCCCUGGAGACGGAGCAAGUCCCUGUCCCAGGACCAAUGCCAGAGGAGCUAGAGAGCACUUCAGUAGUCAGUCCAGAGUUGGAACAGGCCACAGUGGAUUUGGACUCCCUGUCCCCGCCACAUGACAGUGGCUUCCAGUCUCUCACCAGUGAGGCGGUGAAGAAGGUGGAGGAGGAUGCUGCCCCCAGUACAGAGGGGCCAGAGGCAGUAGAGGUGGUCCCUGAGGCAGGGGGUGAUGGAGUGACUGUGGUCCAGUAGGGAGCAGCAGCACAGAACAAUGACUCUGAGACCGGAAAGGAGGAGAAGGACUCCGGGAAGGCAGAGAGUCAGUGAGGAAUUAGUCCUCGUUUAGGCUGUAUGCUGGCAUUGAUUUAGAUGUGGGGGUUUUUCUGAAGACAGGCAUAUUAUACUACAUAAACCUAAUCUCACAAAAGCAUAGACAAUUUAAUACAUGGAAAAUGGUUUGUAUACAGUAGUUUUUCCAUUAGAUCAACUGAUUGGUUUACACCUUCAAGAUAAUUCUAAGAACUUUUUUUUUUUGUACUAAUAUUAUCCACCAAUACUAAGGUGAGGCUCAAGUACAACUUGUCUUAAUAUUGUUUUCGUGUUUCUAUAUUUUGACAGACAUUCCAACUGAUAAAGCAUGUGCAGUCCAUUCAACCCACAUUCCAAUUGAUAACAUGUACAUUGUAGCCCGAGUGCCAGAUGUGUUUGUGCGCUCUUGCCAAUUUGUCACUCAUUGUCAUGCCAAACAUGGCUUGAUAAUGAAUGGAAUUGACAAGCACACAAACAGAUUUGGGACCAGGCUAUGUGUGUAUUGCAUUACAUCCACACAAGGGGAAGUCAUUCCAUGAUGCUUUUUUAGUAUAUAUUCACUGUGUAGUGAAUGAUGAGGACGAUUGAAGGACCCAGUUGUCCUCGUCAUGGUGUUCUGUAAAUAUGAAAUCGCACAAUUCAGGUGCUGUUCUUGGUUGGGUAUACAAAAUCUUAGACACCUUCCUAAUACUGAGUUGCACCCCCUUUCCCCUCAGAACUGCCUCAAUUUGUUGGGGCAUGGACUCUACAUGGUGUCACGUGUUCCACAGGGAUGCUAGCCCAUGUUGACGCCAAUGCUUCCCACAGUUGUCGAGUUGUUUUGAUUCCCUUUGGGUGGUGGACCAUUCUGGGUGGUGGACCAUUCUUGAUACACACAGGAAACUGUGUGUGGAAAAACCCAGCAGCGUUGCAGUUCUUGACACAAAUCGGUGCGCCUGGCACCUACUACCACUUCCCGUUCCAAGACACUUAAAUCUUGUCAUGCUCAUUCACCCUCUAAAUGGCACACAUCCACGUCUCAAGGCUUAAACAUCCUUCUUUAACCUGUCUCCUCCCAUUCAGCUAUACUGAUUUUGAAGAGGAUUUAUCAAGUGACAUCAAUAAUUGAUCAUAGCUUUCACCUGGAUUUAUCUGGUCAGUCUGUCAUGGAAAGGACCGGUGUCCUUAAUGUUUUGUACACCGUGUAUAAUGUUCAGUGGCAUCAUUGAUUUGUUUAAAGUUUGCUUAGUUGAUUAACCCUCUGAUCUGCACUACUGCUCAACCAGUUGGCUUAACCCUGAAUCUACAUGCUGUCAAGUGUGCGGCUUACCCACGGUGUUAAAUUGUAUUUGGAUUGGACCACGGCAAGGUGUGCAAAGCUAGAGCUAGAGUAUUUAUUCCAUAGAUUCAACGACCAAUAUGUCCUUGUUAUCUUAUUGGUGUUUGUUUGUAUGUCCCACUUCUUUCAUACAGUUGCUCUCUGAAGUUUCCUGUCAGAUUAAACUGUCUUUAUUAUCAGAGGAUUUCAAAUACUUUUUUAAUCAUGCAUCAGUCUUCAAUAAUCUUCUGGGGUAUUUGAUGGAUAGGUGCCUGGGAAUCAAGCAAUCCUGUAGUAAUCGUGCCUUUUGGAAUACUGGAAAACAUUUGCGUUCAAAGUCCUUUUUUUUAUUUUCUAUUUCAAAUUGAAAUGACAAUCUGUCAAACAUAAUGAUGUGGAUAACUGUUCUGUUAUAUAAUGGCAAAAUACGACAUCAAAUGAGUAAUGCUAUUUGAUAUGUUGUCCUUAAUAUUUUACAAUGUAUUAUUGAUAUGACUGGGAAUACCUCAGUUCUGACAUUGAAUGGUUCCUAACAGAAAAGGCCUCUGUAUAUACAGUAUUAAAUACAUUGUUGGCCCUUUUCACCACCAAAGUCAUUCUUUUUACAAAGACUAUAGUACAAAAUACAUGUCUUCAGUGCCUUCAUUGAUAUACAUGUUUUUUUCCCCCCUAUUUAUUAUGUAUUGCACACUGCCUUAUGUCCCUGUCCCCAACCCAUCCCUGUUGAGCGUACUUUUAGAUUUGUUUUACUCAAUGUUAUACAACAGACUGUUAUUGAUUCAUAAAUAAUGAUUGAUUAAAUAUGUUGGUCUGUUGUGGUUUUCCUUUGGAACACACAGGUUUGUUAAAGGGGGCAAUCUGGGAUUUGAAAAACAACAGUGGGCAUCCUGACAGUAUUGUUGGUAAACAGGUGAGGGAUGGGGUUGGAGAAAUGUUACCACUCAAAUUCCAAAAUGGAUGUGCCAAUCAGAUUGCCUUCUUUUUAAAUGGUUGUUGGGUUCAUGUGGAGCAGUAUUUAAGCUUGCAUUCACAUUGACUGUCAUAAUUCCAAAUGUAUUUUACUCAUUGUUUGUAAGCAAUGCAAUUGUAAACAUGGUUAAAAGUAUAAAUAAAAACAAAUCAAUAUGGUUAAAAUGUA